AUGCGCGGUCUCAAGUUUACUUCUAUCACUAAACUACUCUUCUAUUCCCUGUUAUCCACGCCUUUUCUCAUAUUCUUUUUAUUAUUCGACUUUAGCGUCGCUCAGUAUGAAAUCAUCACGGAAACAGUAUUUGAGAUAGUACCAAACCCUCUUACUAUCACAUCAUACCUCACACAAGAAGGCGGUUGCUUGAUAUUACCCACAUGCCUUAUCAUCAACGGAUCUGCCAUAUUUCCGUCCCGGGCAACCACGGGUGGUACUAACACGGCUUCUACGACCGCCAUUGCCACAUACACCGGUCAACCCGAUGUGGGUUUUGUUUUAUAUGGCGACGGUAAUCUUAGAGACCAUUAUAUGCAAUUCGAUGAUACGGAUGGUAGAAUGGAGUUUGCUCUAACCGGAGCAUAUCGCUUCGUUCAAUUAGAGGUCAACGAUGGCGGUAGCGGACUUUUACAAAAUGGGUUGGAUCUUAGGGAACUAGUUUUUUUGAGAUAUAAUGAAUCUGUUAAAGAUAUUUAUCCGACAGAGAACGCUGAUAUUUUGGGUAUUGUUCAGGAGGUGCGACAUGCCGAUGAAAAUGAGCUUUUAGCAUCGGAUUUUAUGGGGACAUGGGUGUGGAAUACUACUGAUAACCAACUGGGGUUGGACAGAGACGGUGACCGUUGGGUGUUUUACGUCGGUAUCGGAUCGCAACUUCGAGUAAGGCAAAUACCGGCGGACAGGGAUUCUUAUGAUGUAUUCGCACUACCAGAGAAUAUUUCAGUUCCAUCUGAUAGUGAUUUUAAAAGAUUAUCUUUGGGUGCUGGCAUCGCUUCUGAUUUCCCGAGCAGUAUUUUUACGCAAUCGCCAACUACUACGUUCACCGAUUCAACUGCCACUGGAUCCUCGCAGACCACAGGUGACAAUACAGGUGGUACGGGCACUAAUGGGUCUGGAAGCCGAACUGGCACUGGUACUGGCACUGGUACUGGUACUGGUACGAGGGGCACAGACACCGCAUCUGGGAGUGGGACGAGUGGACGAUCAAGAACAGGAACUAUUACUAAUGACUCACGGACCACUACAGGGAGUAACGGCUCUACAAACACUGGGACUGCUACUAGAACCGGAACCGGAACUAGAACCGGGACCGCUACAGGUACAGGUACCGCUACAGGUGGGACAGGUACUGAGACGGGAACAGGUACAGGUACAGGGACGGGAACGGGAACGGGAACGGCUACUGGAACAGGGGGGACCGGGACAGGCACAAGUGGAGGAACCGGUACGGGUACGGGUACAAGUGGAGGGACCGGUACAGGCACGGGAACAGGCACAGGCACUGGUACGGGCACUGGCACUGGUGGCGCCACCGACAGAACAGCCCAAAUCUACAAUAUCAUCACAUCAAACAACCUCCAACAAUACUGCACCGAACUCCUUUCAUACUUCUCCCCUACAUGGCCUACGACGCUAACAACAUACUCCGCGUACUCAACAUCCACAUCCUUCAUCCCAGAGUUCACUUCAACAGAAACCACUUAUACCAAAACCGAAGAGUACGCCAGCAGGACCUCAACAGCUUACGGAUCUAUAACUACAGAUCCCGCUAUCAAACGCAGAAGCUCAAGAGGUAAUCGUAAAAGAGUUUAUAAAACCAUCAAGGGUAAAUUCCGAGGACGCCGAACCGUACCCGAUACACCGGCGCAGUUAUCAGGUUACCCACCCGAUUCUGUCAGCGCGGCUUGUGUCGAAGCCGUCACUUCACCAACAGCAUAUAUUUACGACUAUACCACACUUUCGACCCUAUUACAAUUCACCACAACUUUCGACACCACGCAGACAAAUACAAAGAGUGAUAUUCUAACCACUACAACGGGACCCGUGUCUACGACAACCGUACCCGCUAUCGGAAAUUUCAAGCUUGUACAUUCCGAUCUAACAGACAAGAGUGGUACAUACUACGGCUGGUUCAUCAACUACAUUUCACAGGCUAUACCCGUUAAAGUCAACGCAGCUGCCGCGGAUAACAAGGAAGGUGUUACUCAGAUCUUCUAUGACGCUUAUAAUAAGCCCGUUGUAACAUGGCUUAAACCUGAUCUAUUCAGAUCCUGGGUAUUUUAUGCGGCAAUAGGAGGAACGGGCAACGCAGCGCCUACAAGUGAUACCGUUUUAAAUUAUCGACUAGAAAACCAAUUUAUUUAUCAAGCGGCGGGUUUGGCCCCGUUUCUUGUCGAUUAUAAUUCUACGUCCUACGUUGCAACCCCGGAUGCGGCUGUUGUGACGGGAGGAAAGUUCUAUAUCUGCGACACUGGAGAUGCGUAUGCAGCUCUAGGGUUUUGGGAUCUUUAUUAUGGUCCGGCGGAUUUUCCGUCGAAGCCUGAUUAUAAUACUUAUAAAUGUCAGGAUACGGGAAUGGACGCGAUACAGGGUGAAAAUGUAUGCUUGACUUCACCUUCUUAA